AGAUGGCUCAAGAGAAAGUACAUCCAAUGACAGUGGUGACUAUCGCAAAUGCCCGUGUCCAUGACCGCAUCGGGCUCAUCUGUUGGCAGUACACAAGCGAGGGACGAGAACCCAAACUCAAUGAGAAUGUGAACGCCUACUGUCUCCAUAUUGCAGAGGAUGAUGGUGAGGUGGACACUGACUUCCCUCCACUUGACUCCAAUGAGCCAAUCCACAAGUUUGGUUUCAGCACGUUGGCCUUGGUGGAAAAAUACUCCUCUCCUGGUCUCAUAUCUCGACAGUCGCUGUUUGUCAGAAUGUAAGGAGU